AUCCAAAAUUGGUAAGCAUUUCAAUCGAGACUGUGGACCCUCUUUUGAGUCACAUUUCCCACACCCCACCAACACACACUGCCCAAAACUCUCUCUGGCAACCGGUAACAGCCGAAAACAAACCCUUCAAACCCUUCAAAAAUCUCGCUCUCGCCCUCAACUCUAGAGAAGAGAGGGCGUUACUAGUCAUUUUCGAACCCCCUUUCAAUCAGUCAUAGAUACUCUCCUCACCAAUUCUCCAACGGAACGGCACGACUCGUCGUUUUAAGGCUUGAACUGUACGAUUCCAGGAAGCAUUGUUAAAGUUUUCGAGGCUUUAAUGGCAAUGGGAAAAGUUGAUUUAGAAUCAACCGUAAUGUUCUUACGACCAAUGCGAAUGAGCUGAUGAAAGGGGCUGAGGUUGACUUUUCCAUGGAGAACUCUGAUGAUGAAAAGGACGGAGUUUUUGGGAACUGUAUGCCCAAAGAACUAAGUAUAAGUUUAGCUAAUGGUACCAAAUUUGUAGAUGAGGUACUAAGAGGUCCAAGUGACCGCUGUCUGGAAAAUUUUCGUAUGGAUAAGCAGGCAUUUUACAAGUUAUGUGAUAUUUUGCAAGGCAAGGGCCUGCUACGCCAUACAAACAGAAUCAAGAUCGAGGAGCAAUUAGCCAUAUUCUUGUUCAUUAUUGGCCAUAAUCUACGCACUCGAGCUGUCCAAGAAUUGUUCCGGUAUUCAGGAGAGACCAUAAGUCGCCAUUUUAACAAUGUUUUGAAUGCUAUUAUGGCAAUUUCAUUAGAUUUUUUCCAGCCUCCUGGAUCUGAUAUUCCACCUGAAAUCUUGGAAGAUCCUCGAUUUUAUCCAUAUUUUAAGGAUUGUGUUGGAGCAGUAGAUAGGAUGCACAUUCCAGUGAUGGUUGGUAUAGAUGAGCAAGGACCUUUCCGUAAUAAAAAUGGACAACUUUCACAAAAUGUUCUGGUAGCAUGCUCCUUUGAUCUGAGGUUCCAUUACGUUCUAGCUGGAUGGGAAGGCUCAGCAUCAGAUUUGCGAGUUCUGAACUCAGCACUCACAAGGCGGAACAAGUUUCAGGUCCCUGAAGGCAAGUACUACCUUGUGGACAGCAAAUAUGCCAAUAUGCCAGGAUUUAUAGCUCCAUACAACGGGGUUUUAUGUCAUUUAAAUGAGUUUGUGGGUGGUUACCCAUCUCGAGAUUCAAGAGAACUAUUCAAUCAAAGGCACUUGUUACUAAGAAACGUCACUGAUCGUAUUUUUGGGGCUUUAAAGGCACGUUUCCCUAUACUGCUGUCCGCUCCUCCAUACCCUUUACAAACACAGGUUAAGUUGGUUGUAGCAGCAUGUGCGCUGCACAAUUACAUUCGUAGGGAAAAACCAGAUGAUUGGAUUUUUAAAAUGUAUGAACAUGAUACUGUACUGCAAAUGGAGGAGUCAUUGCCCCCAUUAGAGGUGGAACAGCCAAUUAUGCAAGUUGAGAACCCAGCUUUGGACAUUGCUUUUGAUACAGAACAGCAAGAAUUUAGUUCUCAGUUGCGUGAUUCAAUUGCAGGUGAUAUGUGGGGUGACUACAUAAGUGAUUUAUCAACUAUGUAGAUGGAUUUAUUGUGUUUUCUUAGUUUCAGGCUAGGGUUGGAUUCUUUUCAAGAUCACUGGCUUGUAAAUUUUUAAAAUUUGGUCUUGAUCUUGAUGCUGUACAUUAGUGCUUUGUUUAUAACAAAGAAAUAUAUAUAUAUGUUGAUCAUAAAUAUUUCAA